UUGCUACUUUGAUAUGGCCGGCAGACAUUCGGAGAACCUAAUGCGUCACCUCAAGCGCAAACAUUCAUCGACCUAUGCCGAGGUAAUGCUCGAGAAGCAGCGACGCCGAUCGACAAUACAACAACAAAAAGAACAGAGCAAAAAUGCAAUAAAGUGCCUCAAAAUCAUAACAAUAAGAAAAGCUCUGUGCAAACGACUCAUAAAAACGAAAGAUAACAACAAUUUGACAAAACCAACGAAGCCGAAGAGAAGCCAAAGAGCCGCAUCAUGAUCAGCAGUCGUAGUAGUUACGCGCUGCUGCUGCUGCUCAUGAUGAUGAGUCUGCAAUGCAGCCGAGAUGCGAACGCCUACAACAUCGAUCUGCCCAGCUAUGUUCGACACCGGCAUACCCCCAACUCCAUGUUUGGCUUCAGCAUAGCGAUACACAAGGCCCGCAACAACAAUCCCAGCUUUACCUCUUUAAUUGUGGGCGCGCCCAAAUUCGAUACAUCCAGCAUUCAGGAUAAUGUGCAGGAGGCUGGCGCCGUCUUCAAAUGUAGCAUGGAUGAUAAUGGCUGCGUGAUGGUGCGAUUCGAUUCCAAAGGCAACAAUCGCAAUACGCAGAAGGAAGUUGUGGACCGCAAGUCAUAUCAAUGGCUCGGAGCUACGGUGGCCACUGGACGCAACAGCGAUUUGGUUGUGGCCUGCGCACCUCGCUACGUUUUCCAUUCGAUGACGCCAACGCGCGCGUUACGCUACGAUCCCGUCGGCACCUGCUUCACCUCGCACGACUUCACCAAGUUCCACGAGGUAUCGCCAUGCCGCACAAAUAACUGGGGCUAUCAUCGACAGGGCUCAUGCCAAGCUGGCUUCAGUGCUGCUGUGAACAGCAAUGGCUCGCGUUUGUUUAUUGGCGCACCUGGCAGCUGGUACUGGCAAGGACAAUCCUACUCAAUACCGUCCGAUGCCGAGUUUCUCUUUAAGCCAGCUUUUUAUCGGCCCUUCGGCAGUGGAGGUCAGAUUUUCUCACAAGACGGCUCCAAUGACGUCACAAAGCCCGAGAAUCAAGUCUUCUCAACGGCAGAGAGCACAUCGAAGAACGAUGAUUCCUAUUUGGGUUACUCCAUGGUUAGCGGAGAUUUCGAUGGGGAUCGUGUGGAGGAUGUUGCCAUUGGCAUGCCACGUGGCGCCAAUCUGCUUGGCAAGAUUGUGGUCAAUAAAUGGAACAUGGUGAAUAUGUUUAAUAUAACGGGUCGCCAGAUAGGCGAAUACUUUGGCUAUGCGCUGGCCACCAGCGAUGUGGACGGCGAUGGUCUCGACGAUUUGAUCAUUGGUGCGCCCAUGUACACCGAGCCAGGCAAUGUCGAGGGCAAAUACGAUGUGGGACGUGUCUAUGUGCUGCUGCAGGGCGGCAAUACGCCGGCGGACUAUUGGCAUAGAGAGCACAUACGCGAUGGCUUCCAUACCAAGGGACGCUUUGGUCUCGCUCUGACCACCUUGGGCGAUGUGAAUGGCGAUGGCUAUGGUGAUUUCGCUGUUGGCGCACCCUAUGACGGACCCGAGGGACGUGGUGUGGUUUAUAUCUAUCAUGGCUCGCCAACGGGUCCGCUGGCCAAGCCUUCGCAGACGAUUAUGUCGGAGCAGCUGGUGGAGGCUGCGCCUUAUCCACGCACCUUUGGCUUCUCUCUAUCCGGUGGCGUCGAUAUGGAUGGCAACACAUAUCCCGAUCUAGCAGUGGGUGCUUAUGCGUCCGAUCAGGUGUUCAUAUUCAGAUCGCGUCCAGUGGCUGCCGUCAAUGCGGAAACAAGCUUUGUCAGUAACUCAAAGCUGAUCAGUCUGGAUGAGAAGGUCUGCCAGCUGCAGAGCAACCACAAGUACGUGCCCUGCAUGUCGCUCAGCACCUGCUGGAGCUACACUGGCCGCAACUUGCCCGAGAUUCUGGACUUUGAUGUAUCCUGGCUGUUGGACUCGAAGAAGACACGCAAUCCACGCAUGUUCUUCCUGCUCAACGAGGGCAAGAACAUACGCAAUGAAACGAUUCGUCUGGGCUAUGGCCAGCGCCUGUGUCUGAACGAGACUGUUUAUCUGAAGGAUGCCGUGCAGGACAAGCUCACGCCGCUGGAGGUGGAGGCGCGUUACAAUUUACGCAGCCAGCUGCCCAUGGAGCGUCGCCGUCGCAGCAUCGAGCCCAUCAUCGAUCAGAAUCGCGAGAUUGUCCUACGUGAUGCAAUCAAUAUACAAAAGAACUGCGGACCCGACAACGUUUGCGAGCCCGACCUGGCGCUGAGUGUUGAUACUGUGGAUAAAUAUCUGUUCGGCUCACCCGAUCCGCUGACCAUUAAGGUGCUCAUCAAGAACAACAAUGAGGAUGCAUUCGAGGCGGCGUUCUAUAUGAUGACGCCCCCAGAUCUGCAAUACACCAAGAUGCAGCAGCUGGGCGAGAUCGAUACAUCCGUCACCUGCUCCGCCCCCGAUGCCAGCAAUAACUUUACGCUCAAGUGCGACAUUGGCAAUCCGCUCAAGGGCGGUAACAUGACGCACUUUGCCAUUAGCUUUGUGCCCGCAGAGAAACACGCCAAUUCCUCCAGCUAUGACUUCUAUUGGGUGGUCAACUCGACGAAUGUGGAGCGCAUUGGCUCCGAGUUCGACAAUGUGGGCAGCAAGAGCAUUGGCAUUUGGGUGGAAACCGAUCUGACCAUCAAGGGCACCUCGUUGCCCGACUAUCAGCUCUACAAGGCCGAUGACUACAAGACGCCAGAGAACGCCACCAGCGAAGAUGAUUUGGGACCACAGGUGGUGCACAUCUAUGAGCUGCGCAACAAUCAGAGCUCAUUCAUUGAGCAGGCCGUGGUGGACAUAUUCUAUCCCUACAAGACCAAGGCGGGCGAUCCGCUGAUGUACAUUGUGGAUCAGCCCGAGACGGGCGGCAAGAUACGCUGCGAUCCCAUCGAGAAUGUCAAUGAGCUCGAUCUCAAGCUGAACGAGAAGCUGUCACGCAAGUCGUAUCUGCAUGCGGCGGGCGCCAUAAGCAACAACAUACAGCAGACAACUGUGGCUGGUGCUGAGGCGGAUGGCGUGCAUCUGGAGGUGGCCAAUGGACAGCAGACCGGAGGCAGUGUGGCUGUUGAGCUGGGCCCCGACAGAGUCAACGUGCUGACGCCCAAGCAGAAGGAGAUACUGAAGCAUGACGAUACGCUGGAUGCUGCAGGCGAUGCCUCCUAUGUGCAUCUGGAUCGCGCCAAUCAGGCCAACGAGGAGCAGCAGGACAAUGCGAACAACUUCAAGGUGCAACAGAGCAAUGCCAGCUAUCAGGCCAGCUUUGGCCACAGUCUGCCCAGUCAGCAAAUGCAGGCGCAUAGCACCCAUGGCCAUAUACAAAUGGCUGCGCCACAAGUUGUCAGCUCCAGCUCCUCCAGUUAUCAGCAGCGUCCACUGCAGCAGCAGCAUCAUCAGCAGCAGAUUUAUAUGGCAGGUGCUGGUGGUGGUGGCGCUGGUGCCGGCUCCGUUGGCGACAAGUCCAUGUAUGGCGGCAGCAAUGGCAACUUCCAUGCCGGCACUUUGGAUCUGGGUGCGCUGCCACGUGGGCGUGUCGACCAGGAGCUGCACAACAGUCAGCUGCAAUAUGCUCAGUCGGGUCAGUCGGCUCAGCCUGGUCAGCAGCAGCAGCAACAUCACAUCACCUACAGCUCGGGCAGCAGGCAACCCUACUAUGGACGCGAGAACGAAUAUUUCUAUGAUGAGGACAAUCAGCUGCAGCGUCCGCGUCAUUGGAGCAGCUCCAGCUCAAGCUCGAGCUCCAGUCAGGGUCGCUUCCGUCGCGAUAAGCCUGGCGUGCAAGCAGUGCAGGUGGAGCUGAAGUCAGCGGACGGCAUCUCACCCUGCCUGGGCGUCGAGUGCCGCAAGGUGCGCUGCUAUGUGACAAAUCUGGGCUACGAGGAUGCUGAUGCCGCCUUUGUGGCCAUACGCGCACGCAUGGUGGCCAAAACCAUGGAAAAACUGGCCUCCAAUGUGCCUUUGAAUGUGUCCACGCUGGCGGUCGCGAAUGUCACACAGCUGCCCUUCAUUGGUACGCCUAAAGAUGAGAUAAUCGAAUCGCAUGAGAUUUUCUACAAGGCCGAGCCGGAGCCGCUUCAGGUGCCCGAUGUAGUGCCACUCUGGGUGGUGGUCUUGGCCGCCUGCGCUGGUGCGCUCAUCUUCUUGCUGCUUGUCUAUCUGCUCUACAAGUGCGGCUUCUUCAAGCGCAACCGUCCUGCGGAUCAUUCCCAGGAGCGUCAGCCGUUGCGCAAUGGCUACCAUGGCGAUGAGCAUCUUUAAACAGCAGCAACAGUUGCUCCAACAACGAACAACAUUUAACCUUGCACUAAAUCUGUACUAAAAACGAACGAAUUAGCAACAGUUCUUAAACAACUUGUACUAAAAAUGUCGCACGCGUUUUAGCCAAGUUCCAAACCAGCGCGUGUGUGUUUUUCGAUGCUGCGGUAUUGAAUUUUAAUUAUUAUUUUUUUUGUAAACACAUAAAACUUGCCUAGUCACGAAAUUAAGAACUUUCUAAUG